AUGUUGCGGCGAAGCUUCGGUGCCGUGGUGACAGGGCCCAGCGCCCGUCGGCAAUCGGCUCGACAGUCAUGCAGGCACUUGGCAACGGCGUCUCAAGACCUGCCGCUGGCGGGACCUAGCCGAUCGGACCUGCAGUUUGACGUUGUGGUCGUCGGUGCCGGUCACAGCGGGUGUGAGGCGGCCGCAGGCUCAGCUCGCACGGGAGCACGCACGCUCCUCGUCACCACGAACAAGCAAAGCAUCGGAGAGCUCAGCUGCAACCCUAGUCUCGGCGGCGUCGGAAAGGGCACCUUGGUGCGCGAGGUCGAUGCUCUCGGCGGACUGUGCGGUUUGGUCGGCGAUAAAGCAGGAAUCCAGUUUCGCAUGCUCAACAAGUCGAAAGGACCUGCCGUGCAUGGUCCGAGGGCGCAAAUCGAUCGGUCUCUGUACCGACGCCACAUGCAACAUGCUCUGCGGACCUAUCCCAAUCUGACCAUACACGAGGCCAAGGUCCAUGGUCUGAAGCUGGACUGGUCGAACGGAUACCCUGCUCAACACGGAAAGGGAAAGGAGCGCGAAGUCACUCGAGCGGUUGUUCGCGGUAUCACUACGACCGAUGGCGAAACGAUCACGUGUAGCCAAGUUAUUCUCGCCACCGGCACCUUCUUGUCCGCCAACAUCCACCUGGGUCUCGAGUCGAGGCCAGCUGGGCGCAUGCUGCCUCUGCCUUCAAUGUACGACGAUCCGGCCUCCGAUGGUCUCAGUCAGAGUCUGGCCCGCGCCGGUUUCGAACUUGGCCGUCUCAAGACCGGCACACCUGCAAGAAUCGCUUCGUCGUCCGUUCGUCUUGGCAGCCUGUGGCAACCAGGCAGCAGAGUCGAUCCUCGCCUUGACGUCAUCCGCGGCGACGUUACACCGGCAGCCUUCUCUUUCCUCAACGAUGCACCCGACAUCGAUCCCGCUCACCAAGUCGAGUGCUGGGGCACGCAAACGACGGCGACGACUCAUGACAUUGUACGACAAAAUCUUGGCAAGUCGAUCCACAUCAAGGAGACCGUUCGAGGGCCACGCUACUGUCCAUCGAUCGAGUCCAAGGUGAUCCGCUUCAAGGACAAAAACAGUCACCCAGUCUGGCUUGAACCGGAAGGUCGACCGGGCACAGAGGACGGCGGCGUUUUGUAUCCAAAUGGGCUGUCCUGCACGCUGCCGACCGAAGAGCAGCAAGAAUUGCUGCGUAGUAUCCCAGGGCUCGAGAAUGCAGAGAUGAUCCGUCCAGGAUAUGGAGUCGAGUACGAUCAUGUGGACCCGCGAGAGCUGCGCCACAGUCUCGAGACGAAAAGAAUCGAGGGGCUAUGGCUGGCAGGCCAGAUCAAUGGCACCACAGGGUACGAAGAGGCUGCAGCUCAGGGAUGCGUUGCCGGGCUCAACGCAGGUCUCAAGGCCAACGGUCUUGCGCCACUCGACAUUGGUAGAUCAGGUGGAUAUGUCGGGACGAUGAUUGACGAUUUGGUCAUGCAAGGCGUAGAAGAGCCGUAUCGAAUGUUUAGCUCUCGCAGCGAGUACAGGAUGACGCUUCGAGCCGACAACGCAGACACACGGCUUACUCCGCUCCUGCGAGCGUCCCGCGCUUCGGCAAUAGACGAACGACGCUGGCAACGUUUCUGCGCAAUGCAGGCUGACAUGGAACACGCAUUUGCGCUGCUCAAAGCAACGCGGAUGAGCCCACACGCCUGGAUGCGGCAUGGCUUCCACUGCUCGGGCGACUCGCACGAGCGAAGUGGACUUGACAUGCUUCGACAGCCACAGCUAGGCAUCCGCGAUCUCGUUCCUCUGAUUCCCGAGUUGGCGGGUCUGAGCAAGAUGGUGACAGAUAGAGUAGAGAUAGAGGCCACAUACAUGCCACAUUUGGAGAGGCAAGCUCAGGAGAUCGCAGCUUUCAACAAGGAGACACAGAUGCGCUUCCCGGAAGGAUUCAACUUUGCUUCAGUGCCAGGCCUCAAUCCGCAGCUGCGAGAAAAGCUGGAUCUUUUGCGCCCAACAUCGUUGGCGGCACUCAAGUCGAUACCCGGAUGCACACCUUCCAACUACGCCGCGCUAUGGCGAUACGCUGUACAGCCUGAUGAAGCAGGACAAGCAUCGCAGAACGUCUAG